AUGCAGUCAUGCUGCAUAACAACGGUAUACGGUGGUUCACCAGCAACACUAGUCGGUGAGACUGGUGUAAAUAUGGUUGCAAUGGUCGAUACAGAAGAAGUGGAUGACUACACUGUGAUAUGCAAACAAAAGAAUGCUCAUUCACGGGGGUUAGUUGGAGUGUGGUCGUUCCGAGCUGGCAACGGAAUUGUUGGUCUCGUUACUGUAGGACAUGACUCUGUAAAGCUCUGGAGAAUGGACGAAAGUGUUAGCGGAGCUGUCACUCUCACUAGUAAGGUUGAGAUGCAGGAAUGGCGAACAGCAGUGCAAUCUGCUGAUGUCACUAGCGAUGGAAAAUGUAUCUGCGUGGUAACCAUUGAUUCAAUGUUCUACGAAAUUGUUCUUGGCGACGAGGGUCCUGUUGUUAUGCCACACGACUUUGGAGUUAUGGAAACCUGGCAUGUGCGAAUCGCAAAAAGCAAGACAAAGUACAUCACGACGGGGUUUUCUGGUUAUAUCAAAGAAAUUGAUCUCAGUGGUAGGAUUUCCCGCCAGGAAUCCUUCCCGUCUGCGAAGGUCGUUGGAGCUCUGGCAUAUGGCAGUAGCAGCCGUCGCCUUGCAGUCUCAACUUUCGAAGGAAUAUUGCAUAUUUUUGAUGCAUCAACAUUAAAAUCGGAGACAACAAUUGAAGCGCAUUCGAAGAAAGUGAGAGCGUUGGCUUUCCUCCCCGGUGAUGAUGAAAUUUUGACGGGUUCUGAUGAUAAGACGAUCAAGCUUCAUUCGAUUGGAGGAGAACGACCUAAAGUUGAGCGGAUUUACUGUGGUCAUCGAAGUGCUGUACUAUCGCUUGCGAUAGACGAUCGUGCUGAUGGAAGCAGAUUCGCAAGUAGUAGCCUGGAUGGACAGAUUUUACUUUGGCACAUUGAACAGCCUACGGCUCUUCAGCAGCUUCCAAGCCCACAUAUUGGAGCUGUGACUACAGUAGUGUUCUUACCUACCGGCCGACAUUUGGUUUCCGGCGGAGAAGACGGCGUAGUUGCAUGUUAUCGAAUUCCUCAAGCAGGCAUGACGUCUCCAGGCAAUAUAGUUCAGGAGGAUGAAAACAAUCUAUCUUUCCUUGAUCAAACUGAUGAAAGAGAGAGAAGCGAACCGAUGGAAAUGGAUCUGGGCAACGGGUGA